UCGCUUCAAACGACACGUCAGAACAUGAACAUCAAAACAUUUUGUAACCCUCGUUUCGUUUCUUGUCUCGCGCUAAGAAAAAUAAAAACAUUAAUAAUUCCACUCAGUUCUUGGUUUACUCAUGUUGCUUCACUUUUUAUUUCUCGGUUCAAUAAACGCUCAAACAAGACCAAACGUGACGACUCUGACUCAAUCCUCAAUGUAUGAAAUAGUUUCAAUUGGGUUUUUUGGCUGGCGUUUGAUAUUUUGUUUUUUAUUCGUUCCGAUUCUAUGACAAAGUGUGGUCACCUUUUUGUCGAUAGUUUAGAUCUUCUGUACCUGAAAUAAGGGAUGAUAUAUCUUCUCUAAAACCCAAAUUAAAUAAUAAAGGGGUGUCAUCAUCAUAAUAAAACUUUAUUGUUGUUGUUUUCGAAAAAAUUGUUGAACAAGGAUUCAUUCGGGAAUUUCCAUUUGUUUUGAAAUCCAGAAUAAAAGCAACCAGUUUUCGUAUCCUAUCCACAUUCUUAAUCGUAUCGUUGAGAAGCAAACAUCUGAGCGGAAGUCUAAUUCAAUUUGCAUAAUUUUUUUGAAUAGAAACUGAAAUUGAAUCCUUUACAAUGCCACAACAACAACAAACAAAAACAUUGAAAAUGAUGUACAGCGGAAAUCUGGAGCUAAUAUCCUGCCCGAUCAAGGCUAAAUACGAAGAGUGUAUUGAAAUUGCUUGUCAACGUUUUGAGAUACCUUUCGAAUUUAAAAAUCACAUCCAAAUCUCGAAUGGAUCGAGAUAUAUUUUUGAAAAGUAUACAUUUGAGUACUUUAACUUGUUAUUUCCAAGUCCAGAAAUUAUAUUCUAUAUUAAAUUGGACUACAAUGGACUUUUGGGUACUUUAGGAUCUGAAUCGGAUGAUCGAGUACCAUUUACAAAAUUGCAUAAUAAAAGAAGAAUUAGCAUCGAAUAUGAAGGUGUUCCAGUAACGAGGCAGAAUUGUUUCAUUGGAUCACUUGAUGGGAAUAAUGAUGCCAACACAGAAUCAUCCGAAGAACCAAAACCAAAGAAACAAAGAAUAAUUGUAACCACAUCCAAAUAUGCUGUGAAGAAGAUAUCUUCAAGGAAGUCCAUUCGUGUUUAAGAAAGAAUUUAUUAUUUAUUUUUAUUUAUUAACAUAUUUUUAAGUUUUUUUUUUGUUUAUAAUUUAAAAUAACCACUGAACUGAUUUUUUGUUAGCUAUUU